CAAGGGCAGCGGCGGCCGGAGGCAGGUGGGGCGGUGCCGCAAGGAAGCCCACACUGAUUGGUUGGUGGGAGGGACCCGCCAGGGCCGCCACGCUAAUUGGCUGCUACUCGGGAGGCCCUGUUUCCGGUAGGUCAGCGGGCAACCCCGCCGCCGUCAUGGCGACCGGCGACCGGGAGAGGGCGCCGCUUCUGUGGCCGGUGGAGGCCCGGUUGGCGGCGCUACUUCCCGACCUGCUGGUCUUCCGGAAGCCCCGGGCACCAGAACCCGAGCUGGCCACGGCCCAGGGCGUCCUCCUUGGCGUCCACGUGACGGGGUUCACAGCGCUGAUGGACAGGUUCAGCCUGACCUGCAAGUCGGAAGAUGACCUGGACAAACUGGCCCACAUUUUCAGUUAUUACAUUAGUGACAUCAUCGAGCAUGUACUCUGUUUUGGAGGAGAUAUCCUAAAUAUCACAGGGAAUGUCCUCCUGGCACUCUGGACAGUGGAACAGAAUCAACUGAGUGACAUCAUUACCCUCGUGGCAAAAUGCAGUCUGGAGAUACAGGAGAAAUUUGGAAUCUACCAUACCAGAGAAGGCCAGGACCUGCAGCUAAAGAUAGGUAGUAGCUACUAAAAGAUAUCCAAUUGGAAAACAACAACCACAGGAAAAAAAAAAAAAACACACUAUAAAAAUUUCAAAAGAUAAAUUGGGUAAAAAUAUUUGCAACUUAUAUCAUGUAGACAAAGGAUGAAUUUUUUAACAUAGAAAGAACACAGAGAAAUAAAAAACACAUAGAAAUAAAAAACUAACAUUCUAAGAGAAAAAUGGAGAUGAAUAAAUAGUACAUAAACAAAGAAAUACAUAAGAUGGUCAACUUCAUAAUAAGAAAAAUGCCAAUUGAGAUCAUUUCUCAUCUAAAAAAUUCAGAUGCUAAACAUACUAUUGAGGCUGUGGAGAGUAAGCCUUCUUAUGUGAUACUGGUAGGAAUCAACAAUGAUAUAACAUAUGGAAGAUGAUUCAGUAAUCAAGAUUAUAAAUGCAUUUAUUCUUUUUUUAAAUAUAUUUUGUAUUGAUUUUAGACAAAGA